CUUCACUCCGACCUUCUUAUUGACGGCAACCUUCAGUCUAGUUGACAUUGUUCGUGCGGUUCAAGAAAAUAUCGCGUUUACAGAUCCAGUGAUAGUCACCACCCAUCAUGGGCUCGAUAGGAAGAGAGUCGUCUCGCCGCACCCAUACACUCUCCCGCAUCACCAAUGAAACCAAAGUCCAAGUCUCGUUAUCAUUAGAUGGCGGACCGCUCGAGGCCUUUGAACGAUCUGAACAUUUUCCAACUCCAAUCAGCACUGCUCAACGACAAAAAUACCCCGACGUCACUUUCCCACUACCAGAGUCUCAUCAUGCCACACAGAUCACAGCUACCCAACAGAUCUCUAUUAACACCGGCAUUGGAUUUCUCGACCACAUGCUCCACGCUCUGUCAAAACACGCCGGCUGGUCUCUGGCCGUGCGUGCGGUGGGAGACCUAGUGAUUGACGACCACCACACAGCUGAAGAUGUAUUUCUAGCCGUUGGCUCGGCCUUCAAUGCUGCACUCGGCAAGAGAGCCGGCAUCGUCCGUUUUGGGCGCGGUGAUGCCCCGCUAGACGAAGCACUGUCUUGGGCUGUGAUUGACCUGUCGAAUCGGCCGUAUAGUGUCAUCGACUUUGGUUUCACCAGGGAGAAGAUUGGUGAUCUCAGUACGGAGAUGCUGACCCAUGGCCUAGAAAGCUUUGCUCAGGCGGCCAGUGUGACGCUACAUGUUAAGACUGUCUAUGGCCACAACAACCAUCACCGGGCUGAAUCGGCAUUCAAGGCGCUUGCCGUGGCUAUCAGGCAGUCCUGUGAGAGAAGAGCCGAAGGAUCGGUGGGCAGUGGCGAUGUCACAAGUACCAAGGGUGUCUUGGGUUCGAGUGUCAACGGUUAGCCAGGUUUCAUUAAUCAUUGGUGUCAAUGCAAUUAUAGCUUCGCUGGUUUUUCCCAGGAGCAAUCCUGUAUAGUCCAAUUACCAUAUCUAAAUACGCUAUCAUGAUCCAUAACCCAA